GUUUCCGUGGCGGUGCCAUGACCGUGGUCACAGUUCCGCGAUGGUCUACUACCUCCUGGUGGUCGCUCCUUCUUCAGCUCCCACCCCCUCUGCGUCCUCCGGCAUCUACGAGCGCCGCCGCAGCCGAACGACGACAUCCCGGGCGGAAGGGGCUGAAGAGGAGACGAUCCUCGACGUCUUUGAGGUCAAAGGUUUGAAGAUCUUCCGUGCCAUCGGUGCAGGCGCAGGUUUGGAAGAUGCCUUGCCAAUACAGAGGACCAGUGCCCUUCUUCUUGUGGCCAUUCCCUCUGAGUUGUCCUUGGACGAUCUCUGCCAUUUCCUGGGCCAUCGCGAAGGCCUGGAAGCCGUCCGUGUGGUCUUUCGAAAUGAACCGCGGGGACGAUUCUUCUGUCCUUCCUUGGAAGGGAAGAGCGGUCCCGGCUCUGGGGGCGGAUUCUACACCGCCAUCCUGCUGUGUCGAUCGCAGGCGCAUGCAGAUGCCUUGUACAAAGCCAAUCAUGGGAAGUUGUUCUCCCACGACAGCAGUCAGGACGAUAAAGGACCCUGCUGUUACUUAGCCUUUCUGGAGGCCAUCGUCUAUUCCUCGAAAUCCUGGGAGCUCACCCGGACCAAAUCCGACGAAUUGCAAAAGUCGAGCCCCUCUGAUUCAGAGAUGCCAGAGGCAGUGAUUCCAAGCACGGCCUACGAAGUGCCAUCGUGCCCAGUGUGUAUCGAGCGCAUCGAUGUCUCCGGCACAGGCUUGGUCACGCACAGCCACGGCUGGAGCGCCGAACACCAGGACGCAGGGCGACCCCCCACCUGUGUGGCGUGUGCCAUCAUCACCGCCACCAAUGGGGGAGCCGCGCAGCGGAAGAACGUGGCGGGAAAUCCUGUGACUUUGCAGUGCGAGUGUUGCUCAAAGCAAGAUGAAUUGUGGGUUUGUUUGAUCUGCGGACAUUUGGGCUGCGGCAGAUAUCAAGAUGCCCAUGCCAAGGACCACGCCACGGAGUAUCGGCACCGCUUCUGUUACCAACUGGACACGGGUCGCAUCUGGGACUACGCCAGCGACGUCUUCGUGCACCGACGCCUGGUGCAGCACGCGGCCAUGGGACACUUCGAACUGGCGCUGCCGGCGCCCGCCAUGGAAGAGUCCAGGGGUUCCAAGGUCCCUGUCCCUGGACUCCCGGGACACGAGCAGCUCCUUUCGAUGGAGCUCGAUGCCAUCUUGGCCUCGCAGCUGGAUCACCAACGCUCCCUCUACGAACGUCAACUCGCGGACUUGCAGCGGCAACAGAGUAGCUCAGUGAACGACUUGCAAAGUGCGAUUGAAGCCGAAGGACGACGUGAAGCGGCCAUGACGGAAGAAAUGCAAAGCCAUGAGAAGCAGAUGAAAAUGCUGGAGAAACAGUUGGCUUCGGCGCAGAAGUCUUGGAGCACGGAACAGGAAAAACUGAAAUUCGCCAAAGAGCUCAAUGCCUCGCUCUUGCAAAAUCGCAAAGACAUGGCGGAUGGAGAAGGCAAAGAGUCCAAGACAGAGGAGGAUGCCUUGGUGUUGCGGCUGCGCGAAAAGGUGGCCCUGCUGAGAGAACAAGUCUCCGCCUUGUCGAGUCCCAUGAAUACUGACUUGGGAGUUCGCAAGGCCCAAUUCUUUGAUCGCUGCUUACGGGCAGAUCGUUCCGUGGAAUAUCCCAGGCGUCCAGCCCUGCCGCCGGUGAAGAUCUCGUCCUUCCGUGCCCAAGAGGUGAAAGUGCCAAACUCACCAAAGGCUCCAUGGCAUAG